GAAAACCCAAAUAUAUCUAAUACUUUUCUUCUCUGCGUAAUUCCGAAGAAGAUAGAGAACACGAUACCACGGCAUCAAAACCAAACAAUGGACCCCUUCAGCAUCACCGCCGGAGCGAUCGGAAUCGCGGGCGUCGCGGCAACCAGCAUUCAACAGCUCCGCAGCCUCAUCAGUGGCCUCACCGAAGCCCAAGACGUACUGCGAGACGUCAAAAUCACACUUGACAACAUCGUACAGCCUCUAUCAGCAAUCUCCGCCAUCGUCACCGAUGACAGCACCGCAGACAUGGCCAAGGAGUGUCUGAGGAAAACGGGGGUUGCGGACGCGGUCAACGCAUGCGGCGACGCGUGCAGCGACUUCAACAAGAAACUCGCAAAGUGGACCAAGCACUCGACGGACAAAAAGUUGUCGCUGAGAGAUCGGUUGACGGUCGGGUUGUGGAACAAGGAGAAGAUGAGGACGUUUAGGACGCGUGUGCAGUCUUGCCAGACUGAGGUUCAGUUUGCGGUUUCGAUUACGCAGCUCAUGGUUCAGCUUCGCUCUGAGAAGUCAUCAGAGACGCAUCGUAGCGGGGUGGAAAGGCAGCUUCAGACUCUUGAAUUCAAGAUCCAAGAGCAUCUGGAUUCCACGAAAAAGCAACUACAAGAUGCUCAAGCCCGAAAAGUAGAACUAGAGGAAGACGAGGACGAAGAGGAAGACGACGCUCAACGGAUGCUGGCCAUACAAGAAGUAAAGGAGCAAGAACGGUUGUUGGAAGCUAAUCAAGUCUCUUGCGGAGUGAUGCAUUCGCAAGUCGAAGCACUUAGCCGUCAGGAUAUCAGCAACGUGGAGACGUUGGAUAAUUCCGAGGCUUAUGUAGGCAUGCCGUCCAGUGUCGCGGGGAAGAUUGAUCAGCGCAUCAAGGAUGUGAGGACGGUGAAUGGUUCCCGUGCUGUGAUUGGCGUUUUUGACGGAGACUUUACUCCCAGAGGUCGCUGA